AUGGCGGAUAUCCCCGGGGCGCAGCGUUCGGUGCCCGGCGGCCCAGAGCCCAGGGACCCCCUGGAUUGCUGGGCCUGUGCUGUCCUGGUAACGGCUCAGAACCUGUUGGUGGCUGCCUUCAACCUGCUUCUGCUGGCGCUGGUGCUGGGGACCAUCCUGUUGCCCGCCGUCACCAUGCUGGGCUUCGGCUUCCUCUGCCACUCCCAGUUCCUGCGCUCCCAGGCACCCCCUUGCACGUCGCACCUCAGGGAUCCGGGCUUCACGGCCCUGCUGGUCACCGGGUUCCUCCUCCUCGUGCCGCUGUUCGUACUUGCCCUGGCCAGCUACCGCCGCCUCUGCCUGCGCCUCCGCCUGGCCGACUGCCUUGUGCCCUACAGCCGAGCCCUCUACCGGCGCAGGCGUAGCCCACAGCCGCGACAAAACCGAUCCUCAUCGGGACCCCAGACCCUGUCCACGACCGGAAAGGUCUGGGUCUGAAGACCCCACAAGUCGAGGACUUGAAGCAGGAGCUCCUGACCAGCCCUGCCUGAGCCGGGAUCGGCGCGCGCCCCCACCCCGACCAGAAAGAGCUGGAGACUGUGGACCCAAUGCUGGUGAAACCCAGGCACAACUCGGAAAACCCACUUUUCUCUCCCGGAAUGUCCACACCUGAAUCCUAACAAUCUGGGCUGGACCCUGCACACCUUACCAAGGUCCCUGUUGUGACUAGGACAGCUGAACUCCUUAACUGAAGUGGCCCCUCUGGCAUUUAAGAGGCUGGGGAGGGGGAAGGGCUGCAGCAAUUACACUAUCAAUAAAGACUUAGUCAACUGUUAUUCUA